CAGAUCCAGAAUCUCUAAAUAAAAAGGGGAACUUGAAAGUCCGUGACACCCAUGUCACGCCGACCUUCUCUUUUCUCCUGGUCAUUUAAUUUCACCCAGACCAAACUUAUUAUAUCUUGCAGGUUCAGCACUAUCAUGGAGAAUAGCAGGUCCAGCUUCCCAUUUCCUUUCCAGCCAUACAGCAUCCAGGAAGAAUUCAUGAGGUCUCUUUACGGUGCGCUGGACCAGGGCAAGGUCGGCAUCUUUGAAAGUCCGACUGGCACGGGGAAGUCUCUGAGUCUGAUAUGUGGAGCUCUCACUUGGCUCACAGACCUGGAAAAUAAGAAGCAACAGGAGAUGGCUGCCAUGCUGCAGGAUGGAGAAGCAGCUCUGUCUUCUUCAUGCGCAGAUCCUUCCACCAGUUCAUCCGCGGAGCCUGAUUGGAUCACAGAUUUCGUCCAGAAAAAGGCAGAGCGAGACUUGGUGUCAAAGUUAAAGGAGGAUGAACUGAAGAGGAAAAGGCGGGAGGAGCGGUUGCAGAUGAUCCGAAAUAAUGUCCAACUUAAACACGCACUGAAAAGAAAGUCGGCUGAGGAGGACGAGGCUUUCAGGCUGAUCCAGCUCAGCAAAGAGGAAACAGCAGAUACCGCGGGAGAGCAAGAGGACGAGCAGAUUAUUAUUGCGGAAUAUGAGAGUGAUGAUGAGUCAAGGCCCAAAAGCAGAUUUACCGUGGCUGAGGAAGAUGAGGAUGAGGAACUGGUUGAGGAACAUGUGACAAAGAUCUACUACUGCAGUCGCACACAUUCUCAGCUCGCCCAGUUUGUUCACGAGGUUCAGAAGAGCCCGUUCAGCCAGGACAUCGGUGUUGUGACGCUGGGCUCUCGACAGAAUCUGUGCAUCAAUGAGGAGGUGCGUCGCCUCGGGAGCAUCCACCGCAUUAAUGACCGCUGCAUGGAGAUGCAGAAAAACAAACAUGACAAGCAGAAUCAGGAUGAGGGAGUGAAGCGGAAGAGAGGACCCGCCAAGAGCGUGUGUCCUUUCAACAAGGCCACAGUACUGCAGCACAUGAGGGAUGAUAUUUUGGGGGCCGUCCACGAUAUAGAACACCUGCUGAAGCUCGGCAAGGAGAGGCAUUCGUGUCCGUACUAUGCAAGUCGGCUGGCCGUUCCGCCUGCGCAGUUGGUGGUUCUGCCCUACCAGAUGGUGCUUCACGAGGCCACAAGAAAAGCUGCAGGCAUCCAGCUGAAAGGACAGGUGCUGAUCAUAGAUGAAGCUCACAACCUCAGUGACACACUGUCCUGCAUACACAGUGCCGAGCUCAAUGGCGCUCAGCUUUGCCGUGCUCACUCUCAGCUCAGCCAGUACGCCGAUCGCUUCAGGAGUCGUCUCAAAGCCAAGAACCUGAUGUACAUCAAGCAGAUUCUGUUUGUGAUCGAGGGGCUGGUGCAGGCGCUGGGAGGGAAAGUAGGCCAGAACCCUCAGAGCCAAACCAUACAAACUGGAACUGAGAUGCUGACCAUCAAUAAUUUCCUCUUCAAAGCUCGGAUUGAUAACAUCAACUUGUUUAAGUUGGAAAGAUACUUUGAGAAGAGCAUGAUCAGCAGGAAACUGGGAGGUUUCGUGGAGAAGUACGCCGGCUCAGGUGUGAGCCCUCACACUCCAAGCAACAACAAGGAGAACCGGCGCACAGAUGGACUGAACCGCUACCUUCAAACGCUGCAGAGCAGCCAGAGCCCUUCCCCAGCGCCUUCAGAGGAGCGGCAGGCUUCUGCAGAGGUGGAGAGCAUGCUCUCUGCUUCUCCCAUGAUGCAGGUGGAGGGGUUCUUCAAGGCCCUCACCAACAGCAACACCGACGGCAGGGUGGUGUUGAACAGACAAGGUACUCUGUCAGAGAGCAGCGUGAAGUUUCUGCUGCUGAACCCGGCGGUCCAUUUCGCUCAGGUGUUGCAGGAGUGCAGGGCUGUCAUCAUCGCAGGAGGAACCAUGCAACCUGUUUCAGACUUCAAGCAGGAGCUUCUGUUUUCUGCUGGGGUGGAGGAGGAACGCAUCACCGAGUUCUCCUGCAGUCAUGUGAUUCCCCCUGAGAACAUUUUACCCAUCGUCCUUUGCAGCGGUCCUUCCGGUCAGGAACUGGAUUUUACAUUUCAGAACAGAGAAUCUCCACAAAUGAUGGACGAGACGGGUAGGAUCCUUUCAAACAUCUGCAACGUGGUCCCGGGCGGGGUGGUGUGUUUUUUCCCGUCCUACGAGUACUCAAGGAGAAUUGUUUCUCACUGGGAGACCAGCGGGACUCUGACCCGGCUGGCAAACAAGAAGAAGAUCUUUCAGGAACCCAAAAAGGCCAAUCAGGUGGAUCAGGUGCUGAAUGAGUUCUCCCGUUGUAUCCAGAGAUGCUCAGUGAGUGGCAGCAGCCUCACUGGAGCACUUCUGUUCUCUGUGGUGGGCGGAAAGAUGAGCGAGGGCAUCAACUUCUCUGACGACCUCGGCAGGUGUGUCGUGAUGGUGGGAAUGCCGUAUCCCAACAUCAAAUCUCCAGAGCUGCAGGAGAAGAUGGCCUAUCUGGACAAGCACCUGACAUUUCAUUUUCAGCCUCACACUGGGGGAAGAAGUCCAGGUCAAGCUCUUAUCGAAAACCUCUGCAUGAAGGCCGUCAACCAGUCGAUAGGGCGAGCAAUCCGUCACCGUGGCGACUACUCAUCCAUCGUGCUGUGCGACCACCGCUACUCGCGACCUGCCACGCUCUCCAAACUUCCCGGGUGGAUCAAACAACGCACCAGCACCUACUCCAGUUUCGGUCCAGCAUUUGCUGCCAUGAGGAAGUUUUUCCUGGAAAAGAAGCAAACACAGACCUCAGUGAGUUAUGAAAGCAACAAAUGACAGGAUGAUUACAGAGUGUUCUGAGAAAUACUCGGAAGAUUCAAGUUUGUGAAUGCGAUUUUUGUUGUAUCGUCUCAUGUUCUGCAUCGUUCCGGCUCCAAUUCUGUCUCAACAGAUUCCGUGAGCGAUAAACAUGGUUUAAAAUUGUUCAACAGAAGUCAUUCGAGCUAGACGUGUAUUUAUUCCGUUGAAACGAAUCGAAGCUCCCAUGCAACUAAAAUAUAAAUGAUUGAGCAGGCAGUAAUGUAUUAUGUAAUGGAAGCAUUGCUUCACUGCGUGUGUAUGGGAACGGCUUGUUUAACUCAGGUUUUUUCAAUAUUGGUGCCUCAGAUUUCUUUUUUUCUCAUUAUCACCCCGGCGACAACAUUCUAAUAAACCUUGACUGUGUGAAA